GCCAAAUCAACCCUGGAAGAUUGCCGAUCUCUUGGUAAUUUCCAAUCACGAUACGGGUGAUUUGCUGCAAGACAUGUCAGUGCCGUGUGGCCCCGGGGGGUAACCAGGCAUGGCCAGCCUCGGGCUCAGCCAGCGAGAGGGCUCACUGCAAACCUCUGGCUAUGGAGGGAAAGGCUGUGCAGGUUGGCAGCAUCUCACCCACCUCCUACUACAGGAACCACCCAAACUCCUUGGGGUCUUAUCCAGCCCAGGCUGCACAUGGCAUCCUCUCCUGAACAUUGGCCAAGAGCUGUGAAAAUCUCCUUAGGGCACUAUGCAAACCUACAGGCAUUUCCCACCCACAUCACUGCGGACCCUCAUGGGAUGGUGGGAGCUGAUGGAUGGGUCACCAACGAGUGCUUGGAGCCUGCAGCGUAAGGAGGGACAGUGGCAUCAACCAUCUCCUCCAGAGGCUUUUGUUUUGUUUGUGAGGAUGCAGAAGGUGCAGUCCUGGCUGCCUUUCAGUGCCAUCCUGACAGGGCAGGUGGGGGAGGAAGGGGCGAUGCAAAGAUGAUGUUGGGACCCUCCCCACCCACCUAAUCAUGCCGUGCUGUGGGAGGCAACCACUGGCAUCGGCAGCCUCACAGCCUCCCGCGCCUUUUGCUUUUCCCUUCUUCUGCCCUCUCCUUUUGCAACAUGAAAGGGCAGAGCCUCACUGGGCCGUUUCCCUGCGGCUUUGAUGGUUGCGGGCCCCCGCACCCUCUGCCGCUUUCGGCACCCGGCCAAGUGCGAGGGGACACACGGGAUGCUCCCACUCCCUUCUGCUGUGACUCGAGCAGCAGGGGCUUGUUUGGCUGGGCAGGGAGUGCAGUGCUUCCCGUGCCACGUUCUAUUUUUAGGAGGCCAGGAGGAGUAGGUGCAGCCGUCCCAGCAAGAAGUUUCUAGUGCCAUUUGCGGUUUCACAGCUUCGAGAGACAUGACCAUCAUAAAUAUUGGCAGCUUUCUAUCCUUGAGGCUACUUUUUGCUGCUCUGGACUUCAAGAGCUUUCUCUCAUUCAUAUCAACGUAAAAACGAAUGGAAACUGUAACGCAACUUUUCCUUCUCCGGAUGCUGGUGAUGUUUUCUGUGGUGUUCUGGCUAUGUCUGUUGUCUCUUCCUCUCUGGUGAUGGGGUUGUCCCGGAGACACAAGAGCUCAGAGGAUGCAUGAGAGGGAAAAAUCGAAAGAAGUGACAAAGCAAAUGAUGGAAAAGCUCAAAUUUCCUUUCUGUCCUUGGCCAUGUGCUGAAGGGACUUAAUUCAGCUUUCUCUCAUAGGUUCCCCUCUGCAUCCCUCCCAUAGCAUCACAGGACCAAGGAUGAGUCUUCACCAAUGGGGAGAACAAGGCAAGGCCAGAAAACAGCACAACCUGCCUACCUCAGCCAAGUGUCUUCACUGCCAAAUCAUCCCUCUCAUGAAGGAAACAAGACAAAAAGCAUUUCUUCCCAUUUUGAGAAACAACUGACUUUCAGAGCGCUUCCUAGCCCUUGGUAGUCCAACCUUUCUGUUCAGCAGCUCUGUCCAUAUAUUCACGGGCUUCAUUUCUUUGAAGACAGCUUGCCAUUAAACUUUCAUCCACAGCAGGAAAAAAACCCACUGAGGCAUAGUUUGGAGUGUUUUGAGGGCAAAUAUGAAUAUAUGGAGUAAGAACCUCUCUCUGCUUCUGGUAGAACAGUAGAAAAAAGCAUGGAAGCGCACUAGAGAAGAAAGUCUAAGCAACCUUUUUUUUGUUGUGGGAGACGGUAGUGAACAAACCUACCCGCUAUGAAGAGCUUUUUCCAGGAAGUGUAGGUUGCUGCAACCUGUAUCCCUUGAGCAGCAGGCGCUCAGGAAACAGUUCUCAUGCUGCUUGCAAGCAGCUCAUUUGACGGAGUCCCAGCAACGUGCACAGAGGAUGGACGAACCCUAUAGCCCUGCAACACCCCGACCCAUCAGCAGCACCUCACCCAGCACCAUGAAAAUGCUCAUAGGCUUCCUCGCUGCAUUUAUUUUAGCACAGACAAUUGGGACCGUACUCUUCUGUUUGUAUCUCCACAUGAAGAUGGAUAAGAUGGAAGAAGUACUGAGCUUAAAUGAAGAUUACAUCUUCCUGAGGAAAAUACAGAAGUGCCAGACAGCAGAGGGUCAGAAGUCAACAUUAUUGGACUGUGAAAAGAUUUUAAAGGGCUUCCAGGACAUCCAAUGCAAGGAUGAGGGAGCCAGAAAGGGGCAGCCCAAGUUUGAAAUGCAGAGAGGCCAUGAGCAUCUCCAUCUGACACACAAGAACGAGACAUCAGUGGAAGCAGAGAAGAGGCAGCCGAUUGCAGCCCACCUGGCAGGUCUGGAUCCCAACAAGACAGUCUCAGUGCUAGAGUGGAAGACAACAAUGUAUGGCCCCAUGAACAACGGCUGGAUAUCCUACCAGGAGGGGAAACUGAAGGUGAAGGAAGCAGGGCUCUACUACAUCUAUUCCCAAGUCAGCUUCUGCACCAAGGCAGCAAAUUCAGCACCCUUCACCCUCUAUAUUUAUUUGUAUCUUCCCAUGGAAAAGGACCGACUCUUACUGAAGGGACUAGACACACACAGCACAUCCAUGUCUCACUGUGACCUCCAGUCCAUCCGGGAGGGAGGUGUCUUCAAGCUCCGGGAAGGUGACAUGGUCUUUGUCAAUGUGACAGACUCAAGACGAGUGAACUACAACCCUGGCAGCACCUACUUCGGCAUCUUCAAGCUGUAGUGAGGAGAGGGCCACCCCAAGCUGGAGACCCAGACCACCUUUGUUAAGCAAAGUGGCUUUCCCUGUUUCCCCUAUUUAUGUUCCUCUGCCUCCUUGGUUUUCUUGUUUCUUAAUUUGUAUAUUUUGUUAUUUAUUAACAAGGGCGAAGGGGCCCUGAGAACACAAAUGGAACAAAGUUUGAAGCUGCUGUCUAUUUCACUUUGGUUUCUUCUUCGGUUGCCACUGGUUCAGUAUGUGCUGCUCUUGUGUGUCUGCAUCCACCAUGCCCUGCGCGGGCAGAGUAGUUGUCCCCAUUAUGUCACAAAAGUUUUGCUUAGCAAACUCUACCAUCAACGUUUCUUUCCUAACAACGUAGGGUGGCCGAGGGCACUCCAUACGUAUCUCUUGUAGCAAUCUUCUUACAAAACAUCAGCGGAAAAAACAUUAAAAGGUUUAGGAACAUCUCCUCUAAAGAAAUCAAUCAGCCAAGUGCUCUCCUUAUGUGCUGGCUGGUGAUGAUGCACCGUUGCCACCGUAACUGUUUGCUUUAUCUUGAGAACUCCAUUUUUUUUCCACCUAUGCCUAUCUAUCACACUCAUGCAGCCUUCCGGCUUUGGGUGACACUACCUUGGCCGGGAUCACACUCGGUGACAAUCACCUCACAUCAGAGUGGGCCCCCAGAUCAGCAGCCAUGGGGGGACUGGUGAUUUCAAGCCAGAGUGUGGGUAAGUCAUCAGCAGUGCUCUGACUUGAAUCCCCUGGCCGUACUUCUCUCAUCUCUGCAGGUAGAGGACCCUUUGCCUGUGGAAGAAGCCACCACCACCAAAUUUAGACCUCCCUCCUCUCCUGAGACUCCUCCUACCCCAGAAGGAGGACUGGGAAAGCAGGGAGGUGUCAGAACCAAACUCUUCUUCUCAAGCCCUCUGCGGUGCAUGUGUGGAGCUUCUUCUUGCUGUCCUCAGUGAGGACAUAUCCAUAGCAGUACUUUCCCUUAAGCUCCAGGAGAGGAGGACUGUGCAGAUGGGCAAGAUCUGCUCUCAGGCAGGGGGGGACCUGCUUGACACUGCACACUGGGGUCUCCCCAACCCUCUUCAGCUUUGUCUGAGCUGGAGCAAGGUGAGCUGAGCAACGGCAGGACACAAGGAGGUUGGUAUAGCAUUUUUAAAAUCAUCUAAAUUUGCCUAAAGUGACAAGCCUGGGCCAUUGGGUUAUGCAGGUCGCACUGGUCAGAGAGCAAAAUUAGGAAACACUCAUGGAAGAUUCGGAAGUGGAAGAGCUCUUCAAUUUGGAUAAUCCUUAGGGUUAGCUUGGCUGGAGCUUGCAGGUCUGGUCCUAACACAGCAUCACCACUGCCAGGAUGGACGGGGCAGUCUUCGCACAGGUCGUUGUGCUGGAUGCCCAGCACGGCCCCCUCCCGAAGUCAGUAGAGGACAGCUCAGAGCCAGUCUGGUUUUACUAUAUUUUAAUAUGUAUUUGUUUGUUGUUCUCCAAAACUGCCUAACUCUGUUGGAGAAUGGACCACUUUUUGCCUCACACCAUGUAUAAAAACUGGUUAUUUAACUGAAACCAUCUUAUAUUUGUAAACAAAGAGGCAUUGUGCACCAAGGGACUGUGUGUAGCCAUAGGUGUUUUGCAGUGUAUUUCGAUGUUCAUGGUUCCUCCUCCCCAAGUGUUUUGUCUACCAUGACCCUACAACUAAUACAAUUUAUCAAUAAAGAGAUAGGUUGCUUUGAAUGCUGUUCACCCUUCUCAGGUCCAGGCUGGGAUAUUCUGGAGUCCUGCUUGGAGUCUGAAGACUGAGAGAGCAGUAAGGUGGCACUGGAGGGCACAGUAGGGACAGUCAUUCCACCUCAGGGUGCCGUGGCCAGGCCCCACCAGGGGCAUUUUGGUUAGAAGAAGGAGCAGGGAGCAUCCUGCCCUGGGAUUUCGGACACCUGGCAAGAAGAGGACUAUUCCUGCCUGCCUUAAGUUCAUGAAGUCUGCGGGGAUGUUCCCAACUGAAGCAGAGGGAUGGAUG